AUGUACCUGAAAGAAGAGGUGCUCUCUGCUCGCAGCGCCCUGCGGAUGCGACUAAAGAGCGAAGUGUCUUCUGUCCACACUUUUGUCUCUGGAAAUGCGGUAACGGGUCAAGGCAGUUUGGAGGCGGUGACGCAGCUCGAGCAGCUCUUCGAGCGCACAGUGCAGGUUGGCGAGAACCAGUCAGGUCUGUUGCUCGGGUCGGACAGUAGUCGCCGACGCUCCAUUGUGACACACGCAAUGCGCAACCUGCGUGGAAAAUUUGGGGAAUUCACCGUCGUAUACCUCAAUGGUGUCAUACUGCAGAACGAGCUAGAGGCUUUUAAGGAACUAACGGCGCAGCUAACUCGAGCCACUGCAGUGAAGCAUCCUAGUGUGUCCUACUGGAACAUGUACGAGUAUCUGCGCAGUUUGCUUGUCUCGAAAGCCAAAGCUGGAGAUCACGUGGUUGUCAUUCUAGACGCCUUAGACCAAUUUGUGCGAGAAAAGAGCAAAACUAAACAGCUGCUGCUGUAUAACUUGCUGGACUGGCUGCAGGCAAAAGACAUCAAGAUGGGCGUGCUUGGUAUCACUGAUAACUACAAUGUCGUGGACAAUCUGGAAAAGCGAGUGCGUUCCAGAUUCUCGAAUCUUCAAAUUGUCGUGGAGAGACCCUCGUUUGCGCAGAUACGUCAACACCUCGAGCACAUGCUUUCUCUCGACACUUUCCCAUGGAGUGCUCACAGCGGGUUACGACAACCUUCUACCGAAUACACCGCAGCUUUUUCUUGUGGAGUGAAGAAGCUGCUACUGGAGCAAAGCAAGUUCCUUGCGAGCCUCGAGUUUGACUACGACAUUGGCAAGCCGCAAGUGUUUUUCGUGAGGCUGACUUCUGCUGCAGUCCACUAUCUGGAUAUUGAUGCACCGCUACUAUCGGCUCAGCAUUUUUGGCGCGCUAGACAAUUGCUGGAGCAGGACCACCAACUAGCUGUGCUAGAGACUGUGACAGAGCACGGCAUUGCGCUGUUGAUCGGUAUGGGUCAUCUCGAAAAAAGUGACCAAAAAGUGUUCACGCUGGAAAUGGUAUACGCUCGAUGGGAGAACUUCCUUCGACAACACGACAUGCUCACUCAACUUCCAACGCGCAGCGAAGCCCAAAAAGCUCUGGAGAAUCUGCUGCGGCUGAAGCUCGUCAAGGACGCGGGAGACGCUUUCAAGAUUGGGCGCGGUGGGGAUGGAUGCAUGAAGCAGCAUACUUCAGCUUUGCUACAGCCUGAAUUUCGUGCUGUACAUCUGAACUUUGCACCCCGGACAUUGGAAGGUAUGCUACGUAAUGGAAGCAUCAAAUGCUCGACGCUGCUGAAAGAAUGGGCUAUCAACGGGAGUUAA